AUGCAACAAAAGUAUCCAAAUGGAAAGCGUUCUAUUGUAGACGAAUCAGCGGGGCGAUCAUUACCUACAGUGCAUGUGAAAAAUAAACUUUAUUUGAACAUUUCGCACGCUUAUGCCUCCGAUGUGUCAGGGCAAUCGAAGAGUCGAGCGUGGAAAGACGUGCCCCGGCCCGGCUUCAAAGUUGGGAAUGCAUAA